UUCAGUGGUGAAAGGAAUCGGGAACGAGAGAUCGACUGUGUUAACAUGAAACAGUGUCCUCGAUGUGAUUAUAUAAAUUUAUACUUGCUAUACUGAUAACAUUUUAUGUGUGCAAAAGAUUUAGUCCAUUAAUAUUUUUAUUUGGUCAAUCAGGUCCUCCUAAAAUUUUAUAAGAACGUUAUCAUGGAUCACAGUCAGCAUGAGGGACAUCACAUGGUCUACGAGCACAUGGGGCAUCAUAACAUGCGUGAAGGGGAAACUAUAAAGAUGAAUGACGUUACAACCCCAAGCGGAGGCCAUGCGGGCCACCAGGGCCACCAAAGCAGCCAUAAUACUUCACAUUCAAUGGCCAUGACUUUCCAUGGCGGCGUCGUUGAGACAAUCCUCUUCUCCUGGUGGGACGUAAAAGAGAUUGGACCAUUCAUUGGCUCAUUUGUAGCAAUCUAUAUCAUGGCCUUGCUAUACGAAGGCCUCAAGUAUUACAGAAAGCAUCUGCUGUGGAAAGCGUAUGCGGGUCUCCAGUACUGUGCGGUGUCGCCACCUGACAAGGGCGUCCAAAAUAUAUGCAGCCCUGAUGAACCUCAAGUUAUACAGCCAAUGCCGCAUGCUCUGGAAAGGAACGUGCCAAGAAUGCUGAGCUGUGCGCACGCGUACCAAACCUUGCUGCACGGUCUCCAGGUGUUCAUAAGCUACAUGCUGAUGCUUGUGUUCAUGACGUACAACACGUGGCUCUGCAUGGCGGUGGUCCUCGGCUCGGCAACCGGCUACUUCUUCUUCGGCUGGCGCGAGUCCGUCGUCGUCGAUUUCACCGAACACUGUCACUGACACAAACUCAAAUAACGACCUCGGGCGGGGCAAAAGACGUACUGAAUGACAUCCGGUUUGGCUAUGGACGAACAAUAAUUCAUUGUUUAUUUUUAAGCAUAAACGUAUGCUGUUACGCACAUACCUAAACAAUAUAAAAAAUUAGAGCUUUGCCUAAAGAUGCUAAAACAGCGUACCUACUAGUACAUAUGAAGGUAUGCAUCAUUGUUGAAUGUCCUUGUUAUUUACAGAAUAGAUAUGGCUCACCUAUUCUGUAAAGUUAUUCCAUGAAUUACAUUCCUUUUCCUUGACAAGUCCCUUGAAACUGUGUAAUUGGAAUACCAAGUAAAUAAAAUGAUGGUGGUGAUGUGGUUACUUGCACAAAUAAACACAGAGUUGAUAACAAUAAACGCAAUUUGUUUGCUAACUACCAGAGAAAAUUCCUUCUCUUGGUCCUUUUGAGUACUUGGUAUUUACACUAAACAUAGGGAGCAUCAGUGUAAUGUUCUGCCACUAGAUGAAAGCCCUAUCACAGAUGUUUCAUUAGCAGCUUUUUUCAGAUUAUUUCUUAUGAAUAAAUGAAGACAUUGAUGCAUCUAGGCCCUCGUUAUAUACAGUCUGUGAUAGUGGCGCUCGUUACGCAGCCUUCUGCGAUAUUUCCUGUUACGGUUUUUAUUUUGUCAAUGUGAAUAUUGGAGUUUUGUUUUAUCGAAAAUGUCUAAAAGUACCUAUCCUCAUUUUUUGAGCAUAUACUGAAGAGUUAUUUUCAUAAGGUAUUUAUGUUUAAUCUUUCUAUAGCGUCGCCGUUCGUCGUUCGUCAGUAGCCGAAUUCGAAAUGAUCAUUUUGCAUACGCCUUUUGUGUCAUUCUGUGUAAAGACACAGGAGUACAGAAACUGAACAGAGAACAGCUUCCGUACAGUGAAAUCCAUUACAAUCGUGCGGCUUGUGUUUCUCUGCGAGCAGAUUACUGCUACUCUACUCCUGGGGUUAUGGUGCUUUGGCACCGGUAAGGAGACACGAGGCAUAGCGUUAAAUUUCAUACUGAAGUUGUUUAUUGUAAAUUUGCCGCUACGCCUUUCUUCAUUCACCGACGGUAACGCACCUUGAGUUAGGUAUACCUACAGCACAUCAUGCCUGUGACUACUACAAUACAAACUAGUAUUAAAAUAUGUUAAAUAAUAUCCUCGCUUUUUUGUUGCGUAGUUCAAAUGAAUAUAUAAAUAUCGUGUGUAAUAUUCACGUUUUAAGAGGACACAUGUUGUUUAAGUACUUUUGGGCGACGAUUUUGAUGUUUAUUUUAGUACCAGUUAUACCUUUAUAGACUAUUGUAUAUUUAGAAUAAUGAUAUGAAUAUAAACGCUUUGAUCUGUAUA